AUGGCAAACCUUUCCACACCCUGUCAUGUUUUUCAAUACUGGUGGAAAAUACUUGAAUCAGCAGGACGCAAGCCAGAGAGACAAUUAUGGUUCACGGCUGAACGCUUCUGGCUGACUCUGGGAGCAUCUGGGGCAUCACAAAGAUUAUGGAAGACAGAAGUGUACAAGAGUAACGUGAUUCGAACCUCCCUUCGAACAUUAUUAGACACGAGAAACGCUGGACAAUAA